AUGGACCUAUCCGGCACGAUGGGUGUCUUGUUUAUCGGAACAUUCAUUGCAUCAAUGAUUUUGGACGCAUUCCAUGUUGUUCUCAUCUUUCAUGCUAUGUACUAUUAUAUGGUACUCAAUUUCGAUGACCCGGCCGCUCUCCAGGAAGCGAUCUGGAGUUUCAAGGUGCAAGACAUUUUCGGUGCCAUAUGUGUAUCCUCGGUACAGACUCUAUAUGCGAUUCGCAUUUGGAAAUUGGAUGCCGUUGUGCACAAGAAUUCACCAUUUCGUCGCGUUUUGCCUGUUAUCGUUAGUUUCCUUCUGCUCGCAGGAUACGCGGGCAGUCUGUCAAUUUGCUACGAAAUUGUUCGGCCCUCUACUGUUGCCGGAAUUGUGGCCAUACAGUGGAUGAUCUAUUUACCUGCGGCCGCAUGGGCUGCUGUGGAUGUCAGCAUUGCAAUCUCCAUGUGUUAUCUCCUGGCUCGUUCACGCACAGGCUUUGAGAGGACGGAUUCCACAAUCAUGUUGCUCAUGUUAUUCACGCUGAACACUGGCGUCAUUACAAGUAUAUUGUCUAUUUUCGUUAUCAUAACGAGAGCUGCGUGGCCUGAGAAGUUAGUCUUUGUGGCUUUUGUAUAUUCACUUGUGAAAAUGCACGUGAACUCGUUCAUGGCUAUGCUCAACGCGCGACGGUUUGUUCGCAACUAUCACAAUGCGCCUAAUUAUGCCCAGGAUGGUCUUUCGACGCCACACGCUACCAACGCUGCCAACAGCCAACUUGAAUUCCGUGCGGGACGCGUGCCCCGGACCAUAGACAUUCAUUUAGGAAAGGUAGUAAAGGAUGAAACCUUGUCAGCGGGACUGAGCACGGAUUCGGAUACGAGGUCGCUCAUCGGAAUCAAAUCAACCGUCUGA